GUUGUAUUACAAAGUCCUCCCAGCUGUCAGCUAAGUCACAGACGAGGAGGAGGAAUUAAAAUGAAUCUCAUACUGGAACUCCUGCGGCUCGUAGGCAUUAUAAUCUAUUCGUACCUGGAAGCUUGUGUGAAACUUGUUAUUCCUGCGAAAAGAAAAUCUGUCAGUGGUGAGAUUGUGCUUAUCACUGGAGCGGGACACGGCAUCGGAAGACUCACUGCCUAUGAAUUUGCCAAACGGCAGAGCAAACUGGUGCUCUGGGAUCUAAACAAGGUACAAAAUAGCUCCCCCUUUGAAACCCUAUAACGAUUGGGAAUGGUAAAUGCUGGUGUGUGGAAAUAAUGGCUGGCAGGCUUCCUGGGUUCUUAGAAUCAUUUGCAGUCAGUCCUACUCAUGUUUUCCUGGAAAGAAACUCCAUUGACUUAAGUGGGAUGUACUGUGCUCCUUCAUUAAGUCCAUUUGCAGGCGGAUUUGCGGGCAGGCCACGGGGAUGCUCCCAGGAUUGGUGUAUGGCAGCCUGGAUCAUUCCCUGCCACCCUUUUGACAGGUAAGGGUAUCCUGUUAAAAGGAUCCGGAAGGGAUGGCUCCUUUCUGACACCCAGAUGGGGGCUAGGGCCUUUCCACUCCUCUGAAGGGAACCACGUGGGGGAUGCCCUGAUCUGACAUGGGUCAUAGGUUGGCUUCACUCUUGGAGAUACUUCCAGCACAGUGGCGUAGCGUGGGGGGUGCAGGGGGGGCCGGCCACACCGGGCGCAACAUCUGGGGGUUAGGGUUAGGGGGCGCAAAUCCACGGGUUAGGGUGCGCAAAUUACUUGCCUUGCCCUGGGUGCUGACAACCCACGCUACGCCACUGUUCCAGCAGAUGGGCUGGAGUGAUAUUUGCGGUGACUUACCUCAAUGCCUAUGGCCUAAACCUACACAUCUGUAACCAACAAAGUUGUGGCCCUAUUUAAUCCCAUAAAACUAAACACUGUGUACUGUCUAGUUAUUUAUCCUUCCAGGAACGAGGCAGUCACAGGGCCUUGGCACGCAAAUAUGCCUAGGGCUGCACUCCGUGUUUGCUUAUAAUGGUAGCUUCUGAUCUUUGUAUGGGAAGAUGGAGUAAAAUCUACAAUGGCAGCUCUCAAUACUCUUUUGCAGCAUUGGGCAGAUUAUUGUUGUUGUUGUUUUGUUAUUAUUUAUUGAAUUUACAUACCGCCCUAGACCCAGAGGUCUCAGGGCAGUUCACAGAAAAGAUCAACAUAAAAACCACAAUAUGUAUAAUCAGAAUAAAAACAACAACCCAAUAACACACACACACACACACACACACACACACACACACACCCAUCCAAAAAAGAGCCACAUUUUAAAAGGGCAUAGGAUGUCAAUCAGAUCAACCAAAGCUCUGGUUAAAAAGGAAUGUUUUUGCCUGGUGCCUAAAGGUGUAUAAUGAAGUCACCAGGUGAACUUCCCUGAGGAGAGCAUUCCACAGACGGGGAGCCACUGCAGAGAAGGCCCUGUUCUCAUGUUGCCAUCCUCCGGACCUCUCGAGGAGGAGGCACGUGAAAAAGGGCCUCAGAAGAAGAUCUCGGGGUCUGGAUAGAUUCAUAUGGAAAGAGGUGGUCCUUGCAGUAUUGUGGUCCUGUGAUAUUUCUUCGUAGGUCAACCAUGCAUCAGACACCUCCCUUUCUUUAACAAGAAGCACUGUGGGAAAUAGAUGAUUUAAAAAGGCAAGUUGGAAGUUGGGCCACUUUUUCUUUUAUGCCUUAAAAUGGUUUGGAUUUAUGUUCACUAUAAAGUUUCUGACUCUGCGGAUGCAGUGCUGGCAACAAAGCCCUCAUUCUCAUUAGUAAAAAGGUUUGAAGGUGAAAUAUUUGAAUACUACCCCCUUGUCAAUUGUCAGACAUGUUUUGAAUAGAGUGAGAGGGGGAGAUAAUCAGAGUUGUGUAGCUGGGUUUUCUCCUAUUGCAGAUGACAGAUAGGAUAUAAACACUACAAGUAAAUAAAUAAAAUAAAGCUACACACUUGCCCCAGGCUGGUCUAGUUAGGCAUUAGUGAGUAUUUAAGUUCACUCCAAAAUUGAGACUAAAUGUCCGUAUCUGAAGUAACAUGCUCAGAUCAGAAUGUUGAUAUGUGGAGUGUAUAGUUUGUUAAAACUUACAUUUCAUGAUUAACCUUUUGGUGAGGUGGUUUGAGGUAGAGAUGUUAGAGAAUUCUGCCAGAACCGGAAACAAAACUGACAGGAAUGGAAAUAAUGCAACUGAAUACAAGUAGGAUUUGCUACCAUUGUAGGCGGCUUAGGUCCAUGAGCAUUACAUAACUAGUUACAUUAGUUUCUGCACUGUUUUUGAUGUUUCCCUUCUAUUGCAACACAUUGAAUUUAACAGCAUAAUUACAUACCCUCCAACAUUUCUCCAAUGAAAAUAGGGACAUCCCAUUCCAUGUUGAUAAUUUUACUAUUUAUACCCCACACAUCUUACUUGAGGUGGCCCAGCCACUCUGGGCAGCUUCCAACAUAUGUAAAAACAUAAUUAAACAUUAAAAAGAAUCCCUUCCCUAUACAGGAUUACCCAGCCUUUCUCAACCUUGGGCCGCCAGAUGUUGUUGGACUACAACUCCCAUCAUCCCUGACUGCUGGUCCUUCUAGCUAGGGAUGAUGGGAGUUGUAGUCCAACAACAUCUGGGGACCAAGGUUGAGAAAGGCUGCUUCAGACAGCUCAGGGAUUGGACACCUCCAUACCCUCCAACAAUUAUCCAAUGAAAAGAGGAACAUCCUAAGGAAAAGCGGGACAUUUGGGGAUCAAAUCAGAAACCAGGACAGCUUCUCUAAAUCAGGGACAUCCCUGGAAAAUAAGGACACUUGGAGGGUCUGUAAUUAACUGUUCGUUUCGGCCAUAGCGGAUAGCAAGAUGAGUAAUGUAGCAAAAGCCGAACUGUACAGAAAUGGAAACAGCACUGAUUGCAACAAACACAGGCUGAGAUGCCUCCUUACAUCCCUAGUUUGUUCAUUUGUUCCUUCAUUUUCUGGGUGCUUUAUAAAAUUCAGUGCUUGCCAUGCUUGCUGGAAAUUUUUGAAUAAAUAUCCUUUGACAGUAGCAGUACAUUACAACAUGCCGUCUCUUACUGAGUAAUUGUAAAAGAAGAGGAAAAGAUGGUUGCCCCCAUGGACUAGGUGCCUGAGGGCAGCCAUCUUCUUCCUCACACACACAGUAGUGUACUCUAGAGGCACCAUUUCACAUCAGUGGCACUCCUCGAGGUUACCUGGUAAUGGUGACCGCACUGCAAGAAUGGCUGGUACCUGACAUUUUAACUUCCCACAGUGUCCCGGAGCACCAGACAUGGUGUUACUGUGGGGCAUUGUGGGAAACUAAAAUGGAGGCUUGACAGACCCAGGUGCCUGGCAAGAGGCUGUGCCUAUCUCUGCUAUCCAUGUGGGGAUGGCCCAUCGAAAUGGAGCCCAUUUCUAUGUGCAUCAGCCAAAACUCUAAUCCGAAAACUGAGGCCAAGCCCUACCCAAACCCUCUCCAAACACUCUUUCUGACAGCUGAUCUGUCAGGUUCUGUCUUUUAACUCUCCACUCCCUCCUGAUCCGUCAACCCUGAUGGGAUGCACCAUCUCCAGGGCGGUAACCCUAGCUCUCUGUCACUGGGCCUGCAGAGAGCAUUUUAAACAGCUUGAUUCUGUCUCCCAGCCCUCAUUUUUAAAGGUCCUUUCUCAAAUUCAGUUCCUCCACUGUGCAACAGGCUGCUCCCAAAACUGCAGCAGGUCAGAGAGCUUUAAUGGGGGAGGGAGUCCUCUAGCAAGAAUAUAUAUAUAUAUAUAUAUAUAUAUAUAUAUAUAUAUACACACACAAACAAAUUAUUCCUACAAGGUUGUUCCUCCACCCAUUUCAUCUUCACAACAACCCUGUAAGGUAGGUUAAAAGGUAGCGACUAUAUUUCAAGUUUGGGAAAGAAACAAAGACCUAUUGGAAAAGAAAACCCCUUGGUGGAUUUCACCAAUAGAAGUUUUAACCAUCAAAAAAGUCAACAUGGAAGGGGGAAAAAGCUACUUAUGAAGAACUAACCAAAAAGACAGAUCAUGGUAUAAAACUCAAGCCGUAUGAGGAGGUAGAGAGUUUAUUUACAGGGUGGUUACAGUAUCACCAAGUUAAUGAUUUACUAAAAGAAGAUAAAAGGAAAAAGGGAUUUGAGGAUAAGAAAUCUAAAUUCAAUAUCGAUCUUCUAGAAGGUAAAAAUAAAGUACUAUCAAAAACAUACCAUGUAUUAUUGGAUUGGUAUACGAAAGAUGAAGAGAUAAAGGAAGCCAUGGUUAAAUGGGCUAUCGAUUUUGGCCAUAAUAUCGAGUUUGAUGCGUGGCAAGAACUAUGGAAUGUAAACAUGAAAUUUACGGCUUGCACUGCCUUAAAGGAGAAUUUGUGGAAAAUGAUCUACAGAUGGCAUCUAACGCUGGUAAAGCUAGCAAGGAUGUAUAGAACAAAAAAUAAAAAAUGUUGGAAGUGUGGAGAGGUGGAGGUGACCUCUACCAUAUGUGGUGGACCUGUAGUAAAGUGAAGGGCUUUUGGGAAUUAAUCUAUAACGAACUUAAAAAAAUCUUUAAAUAUACUUUUCCAAAAAGACCUGAAGCUUUUCUACUGGGAUUGAUUGGAAAGGAAAUUGGAAAAAAAAUAAAAACCUCUUUCUAUAUGCCACGACAGCAGCCAGAAAUAUGUUAGCUCAGAAUUGGAAAACAGACAUAAUACCGAAUAUAAUGAACUGGCAGGUUAAAAUGAUGGACUACGCAGAACUGGCCAGACUAUCAGUAAAAUUAAGAGAUCAGGACAAGCAGAAGUUUCAAGAAAAUUGGAGUAAAUAUUUGAUGUAUAUAAGAAACAAUUGUAAAUCUUUGAAGACACUGGUAGGGUUGGAAUAACUCUUACAGCGUGUAGUUGAUAAUAUGAUAUAUAUAGAGUACGUGACAUUAGAAUUUUAUUUGAUACUUACCAAAGAAAUGGAGGGAACUCAGAGGCAUGAUAGAGCCUAAGUUAAAUAUGUAACCUAUAUAUGUGUAUUUAUGAAUGUAUGUAUGUUUGCUGAAAAUCAAUAAAAACUUAAUUUGCAAAAAAAAAAAAAAGGUAGCGACUACCCCAGGGUGCCUUGAGCUCCCUGGAGGACAAAGAAACACUUUCAUGUGCUUUCCUUUGGACCUUUGAGCUUCUCUGCAAGCUGAGCCACUGCCACAAUACUUUGUUUCUUCAGUAACCUGCAAGAAAGUGGCACACAUACAUACAUGCUGAUCUCAGUUUAUAUAUUAAGCCAUGUGGUAAGGGUGUAAAAAAAGUCCAGUGCAUUAGGUAAUUUUCAAAGUAAUUUGUAUGUUGAAAAGUGCUGCAGAACUGCAAAUAUUUCUGCAACCUUUGAGAUGACAUUGUUAAAAAGGGUUUUUUUAAAAACAACAACAACUGUGGCAUCGUGAACACAAGUGAGUGAAAGUGAGGCAAAUAUAGAGAGGAUUUCUGCCUCUGUAGACCAAGGUUCAGUCACUAUUUCUCAGCCUAGCCUACUUCACAGCAUUGUUGUGAGAGGAAAUUGAGGAAAGGGAGAACCAUGUAUGGUGCCAUGAGCACUGAAAUGAGGCUGCAUUUUGUUACCGGAAAAAUCCGAGGGCUCCCUUGGACAAAAACAAAGACACCAACCAGGAUAACUUGGAGCAAAACAGCAGCCUGUAGGCUUGGCCUUUAUUGAACUGUUGCAACAGGGUGUUCCCAUCACUUGUGAGAGAGAGGAAAGACCCAGAAAAUGGUGUGCAAGACCUUAUAAAAACUUUUGAAAUUCCCACCCUGUAGAUCAAGCCCACCCCCAGAAACAUCAUGCAUACAUUACAGAAAGGAGGGGUUGAGGGAGGAGUUGUGGUGGUAACCUGAGUGUCCUGUCACCUGGCUGGUUCACCUCUACCCCUCCCCAUGAGUCAUUUUCUGAAGACAAAAGGUAGUCGCAGUUUCCUGCCCCCCUGAGGGAAGAUCUGAUCAUUGUCCUUUGUUCCAGUCCAUGCAGAAUCCACUCCCAUAUGCAAGUUCUUUGUGAUCUUGAUUGUCUUCUGUCUAGGACCAUCAGGGUUGGCAUAGCAACUGGGCAGGGCUCCUGUGGAUGUGCUGGGAUGUUCAAGGGAUUAUGGCUGGCCUGUAUCAAACCUUCCCCAUUUUGUAGUCCUUCCUUCAUGGAGUAAAAUAAAAGUGGAACAGUGCCAAUCCGAUGUAUGGUUGAUUUUCUAUGAAUUUAUAACAGAAGCGUAGCGUAUGUAGUGUGUGAGUGUGUGUGAAGUUUGUACAAACUGAAUGAUGGGGGGGGGUUCCUGCUACAAUUUUAAUGUUGUAUUUUAAUCUUGUUUUUAAGUUGUAUUUUAAUCAAUUGUUUUUUAUCCCUGGUGUUAGCCGCCCUGAGCCCGGUCUUGGCUGGGGAGGGCGGGGUAUAAAUAUUUAUUAUUAUUAUUAUUACACAACUAAAUAUAAAACCCACAAACAACUAAGAUCUGUGACCAUCUGCAAUCUAGUUUCACAAGCAGGUUUGCUUACAAUAGUGUGCAAUAUAUAAUCACACAGGUUAAAUGCUAAUAUAAAAAUUGUAUCCUUCUAAGCAACUGAGUGUGGUUCCUCCUCCCUUGUUCAUCACUAUUAAACAUACACACACACACACACACACACACACACACAAAACUUAGUAAAUGAAUAGCCUGUUGUAUUACAAAGUCCUCCCAGCUGUCAGCUAAGUCACAGACGAGGAGGAGGAAUUAAAAUGAAUCUCAUACUGGAACUCCUGCGGCUCGUAGGCAUUAUAAUCUAUUCGUACCUGGAAGCUUGUGUGAAACUUGUUAUUCCUGCGAAAAGAAAAUCUGUCAGUGGUGAGAUUGUGCUUAUCACUGGAGCGGGACACGGCAUCGGAAGACUCACUGCCUAUGAAUUUGCCAAACGGCAGAGCAAACUGGUGCUCUGGGAUCUAAACAAGGUACAAAACAGCUCCCCCUUUGAAACCCUAUAACGAUUGGGAAUGGUAAAUGCUGGUGUGUGGAAAUAAUGGCUAGCAGGCUUCCUGGGUUCUUAGAAUCAUUUGCAGUCAGUCCUACUCAUGUUGUCCUGGAAAGAAACCCCAUUGACUUAAGUGGGAUGUACUGUGCUCCUUCAUUAAGUCCAUUUGCCCUUCUGCGGCAGGCAGGCGGAUUUGCGGGCAGGCCACGGGGAUGCUCCCAGGAUUGGUGUAUGGCAGCCUGGAUCAUUCCCUGCCACCCUUUUGACAGGUAAGGGUAUCCUGUUAAAAGGAUCCGGAAGGGAUGGCUCCUUUCUGACACCCAGAUGGGGGCUAGGGCCUUUCCACUCCUCUGAAGGGAACCACGUGGGGGAUGCCCUGAUUUGACAUGGGUCAUAGGUUGGCUUCACUCUUGGAGAUACUUCCGGCACAGUGGCGUAGCGUGGGGGGUGCAGGGGGGGCCGGCCGCACCGGGCGCAACAUCUGGGGGUUAGGGUUAGGGGGCGCAAAUCCACGGGUUAGGGGGCGCAAAUUACUUGCCUUGCCCCGGGUGCUGACAACCCACGCUACGCCACUGUUCCAGCAGAUGGGCUGGAGUGAUAUUUGCGGUGACUUACCUCAAUGCCUAUGGCCUAAACCUACACAUCUGUAACCAACAAAGUUGUGGCCCUAUUUAAUCCCAUAAAACUAAACACUGUGUACUGUCUAGUUAUUUAUCCUUCCAGGAACGAGGCAGUCACAGGGCUUUGGCACGCAAAUAUGCCUAGGGCUGCACUCCGUGUUUGCUUAUAAUGGUAGCUUCUGAUCUUUGUAUGGGAAGAUGGAGUAAAAUCUACAAUGGCAGCUCUCAAUACUCUUUUGCAGCAUUGGGCAGAUUAUUGCUGUUGUUGUUUUGUUAUUAUUUAUUGAAUUUACAUACCGCCCUAGACCUAGAAGUCUCAGGGCAUUUCACAGAAAAGAUCAACAUAAAAACCACAAUAUGUAUCAGAAUAAAAACAACAACCCAAUAACACACACACACACACACACACACACACACACACACACCCAUCCAAAAAAGAGCCACAUUUUAAAAGGGCAUAGGAUGUCAAUCAGAUCAACCAAAGCUCUGGUUAAAAAGGAAUGUUUUUGCCUGGUGCCUAAAGGUGUAUAAUGAAGUCACCAGGUGAACUUCCCUGAGGAGAGCAUUCCACAGACGGGGAGCCACUGCAGAGAAGGCCCCGUUCUCAUGUUGCCAUCCUCCGGACCUCUCGAGGAGGAGGCACAUAAAAAAGGGCCUCAGAAGAAGAUCUCGGGGUCUGGAUAGAUUCAUAUGGAAAGAGGUGGUCCUUGCGGUAUUGUGGUCCUGAGAUAUUUCUUCGUAGGUCAACCAUGCAUCAGACACCUCCCUUUCUUUAACAAGAAGCACUGUGGGAAAUAGAUGAUUUAAAAAGGCAAGUUGGAAGUUGAGCCACUUUUUCUUUUAUGUCUUAAAAUGGUUUGGAUUUAUGUUCACUAUAAAGUUUCUGACUCUGCGGAUGCAGUGCUGGCAACAAAGCCCUCGUUCUCAUUAGUAAAAAGGUUUGAAGGUGAAAUAUUUGAAUACUACCCCCUUGUCAAUUGUCAGACAUGUUUUGAAUAGAGUGAGAGGGGGAGAUAAUCAGAGUUGUGUAGCUGGGUUUUCUCCUAUUGCAGAUGACAGAUAGGAUAUAAACACUACAAGUAAAUAAAUAAAAUAAAGCUACACACUUGCCCCAGGCUAGUCUAGUUAGGCAUGAGUAUUUAAGUUCACUCCAAAAUUGAGACUAAAUGUCCAUAUCUGAAGUAACAUGCUCAGAUCAGAAUGUUGAUCUGUGGAGUGUAUAGUUUGUUAAAAGGUUGAGGUAGAGAUGUUAGAGAAUUCUGCCAGAACCGGAAACAAAACUGACAGGAAUGGAAAUAAUGCAACUGAAUACAAGUAGGAUUUGCUACCAUUGUAGGCGGCUUAGGUCCAUGAGCAUUACAUAACUAGUUACAUUAGUUUCUGCACUGUUUUUGAUGUUUCCCUUCUAUUGCAACACAUUGAAUUUAACAGCAUAAUUACAUACCCUCCAACAUUUCUCCAAUGAAAAUAGGGACAUCCCAUUCCAUGUUGAUAAUUUUACUAUUUAUACCCCACACAUCUUACUUGAGGUGGCCCAGCCACUCUGGGCAGCUUCCAACAUAUGUAAAAACAUAAUUAAACAUUAAAAAAACACCCUUCCCUAUACAGGAUUACCCAGCCUUUCUCAACCUUGGGCCGCCAGAUGUUGUUGGACUACAACUCCCAUCAUCCCUGACUGCUGGUCCUUCUAGCUAGGGAUGAUGGGAGUUGUAGUCCAACAACAUCUGGGGACCAAGGUUGAGAAAGGCUGCUUCAGACAGCUCAGGGAUUGGACACCUCCAUACCCUCCAACAAUUAUCCAAUGAAAAGAGGAACAUCCUAAGGAAAAGCGGGACAUUUGGGGAUCAAAUCAGAAACCGGGACAGCUUCUCUAAAUCAGGGACAUCCCUGGAAAAUAAGGACACUUGGAGGGUCUGUAAUUAACUGUUCGUUUCGGCCAUAGCGGAUAGCAAGAUGAGUAAUGUAGCAAAAGCCGAACUGUACAGAAAUGGAAACAGCACUGAUUGCAACAAACACAGGCUGAGAUGCCUCCUUACAUCCCUAGUUUGUUCAUUUGUUCCUUCAUUUUCUGGGUGCUUUAUAAAAUUCAGUGCUUGCCAUGCUUGCUGAAAAUUUUUGAAUAAAUAUCCUUUGGCAGUAGCAGUACAUUACAACAUGCCGUCUCUUACUGAGUAAUUGUAAAAGAAGAGGAAAAGAUGGUUGCCCCCAUGGACUAGGUGCCUGAGGGCAGCCAUCUUCUUCCUCACACACACAGUAUCCCAGAGUGUACUCUAGAGGCACCAUUUCACAUCAGUGGCACUCCUCGAGGUUACCUGGUGAUGGUGACCGCACUGCAAGAAUGGCUGGUACCUGACAUUUUAACUUCCCACAGUGUCCCGGAGCACCAGACAUGCUGUUACUGUGGGGCAUUGUGGGAAACUAAAAUGGAGGCUUGACAGACCCAGGUGCCUGGCAAGAGGCUGUGCCUAUCUCUGCUAUCCAUGUGGAGAUGGCCCAUCCAAAUGGAGCCCAUUUCUAUGUGCAUCAGCCAAAACUCUAAUCCGAAAACUGAGUGAUCAAUUCCUGGGUUUUAUCGGAGUGGUCAAGCUAUCCCCACUUGGAGGACAGAGACAGGGCCAGUAUACCAGCCCCUGCCAUAGGUCUAGGUGGACCUGUGAUGUAGGGCAGUAUACAAAUAUAAUAAUAAUAAUAAUAAUAAUAAUAAUAAUAAUAUGCAAAAGAUGGAAGGAGCCAGGUGUGAUUUUUGUACUCUACGGCUAGUGGCAAUGUGGGAGACCUCUAAGCUCAGAUGUGCAUGGAUGAAGUGUGGUUACUUGAUACUAAAGGGAAAGCACUCUGAAUAUGCUCGUCUCUUUGCUAUGUUGUGUAUUCUGAGGUUGUGUAUUUGGAUAGAGUCUUGGGCUAAGACCCUGCUCUUAAUAAACCAGAGGUGAGGAACCUGUGCCCCUCACAGCUGCCGUUGGACUCCAGUUCCUAUCAUCCCCAGAUAGCUUGGCCAAUGGCCAGGAAUGAUGGGAGUUGUUGAUGUGGUUUCCUGGCCCCGUUUUAAACCUUUCCCUUCUGUGUAUAGUUAACUUAUGUAGUAUUCCGUAUAUACCACCUUCCGUCUGUGAUGACGUAUCAGGGGUCAGCAAACCUUUUCAGCAGGGGGCCGGUCCACUGUCCCUCAGACCUUGUGGGGGGGGUCAGACUAUAUUUUGAGGGGGAGGGAUGAAUGAAUUCCUAUGCCCCACAAAUAACCCAGAGAUGCAUUUUAAAUAAAAGGACACAUGUAAAAACACACUGAUUUCCAGACUGUCGGCAGGCCGGAUUUAGAAGGCGAUUCGGCCAGAUCCGGCCCCCGAGCCUUAGUUUGCCUACCCAUGGCGUACAUGAUUUUGCCCCUGAAAGGCAGUGACUGGCCCAAGGUCAUCUCAUGGGUUAAGUGGGCCUUUGAAUUCUGGUCUCCCAGAUCCUAGCUAGACCCUCAGUUAUGUACAGAAUGCAAGGAAAUGAGCCAUUUUUCUCCCUUUCUGUGUGGCAUAGCAUGGCGUUGAGGAAACAGCUGAAGAGUGCAGAAAUCUGGGAGCCACAGUUCAUGCCUCUGUUGUGGACUGCAGCGUCAGAGAGGAAAUCUACAGUGCUGCAGAGAAGGUGAGACCUGAAAGCGGCAACGUUUGUUUGUUUGUUUGUUUGUUUGUUUGUUUGUUUUUGUGUGUGCCCCCCCCUUUCUCUCAUCCCCCUCCCAUUUAUGUUAUAUCCAGCCUGAAGAGCUCUGGAGUACUCAAAGACUUCCUCACUAUUUUGUGAUAUUUUGUUUAGUCCUAUAAUAAAGGUAUUGCCUGCCUCUGGAUUCUGUGACUGUAAAUCUAAUCCCGGCUGCUCUUCUCGUUUGUCACAUUUUAAAGGUGAAAAGAGACAUAGGAGAUGUCAGUAUUUUAGUGAAUAAUGCCGGUGUGGUAGCAACAGCAGAUCUCCUUUCCACCCAGGACAAGCAAAUACAGAAAACGUUUGAGGUCAACGUGCUCGCUCAUCACUGGGUAAAUAUUGUUACAUUACUGCUAAUUGGUGCUUUUUCUCUAUUAAAAAAAAAUGUUUAGGGGUCCUCUCAUUGUCCUACUCAUAUUGAAAUACUGCCCUUCAAUGAGGCUGAACUUAGAUUCACAAAAUGUUUAAGGGUAUGCGUACCUCUGCAUCCCCCCUGAUGUUGAUAAUAAUAAUAAUAAUAAUAAUAAUAAUAAUAAUAUUUUUUUGUUUAUAUCCCGCCCUCCCCGGCCAAAGCCGGGCUCAGAGCGGCGGCUAACAGCAAGUAAAAAUAGUAGAGUGGACAUAGAAUCACACAGUCAAUUAAUUAAAAUACAUUCUAAAAUCAGUUCAGAAUCAAAUUAAUGGCUAGAGUUCUAUGAAGAUUACAGAAGGAGAGAGGGGGUCAGACUGUGCCUUGGCCAAAGACCUGGUGGAACAGCUCCGUCUUGCAGGCCCUGUGGAAAGAUGUCAAGUCCUGCAGGGCCCUAGUCUCUUGUGCCAGAGCGUUCCACCAGAUUGGGGCCACGGCUGAAAAAGCCCUGGCUCUGGUCGAGGCCAGCCUAAUACAUUAAAAAGUACUAAUACACUGCUACAGUUAUACCUGAUAAUCCAAACUAAACCAUGACCAAUGCACUUAUAUCAUUUACAUGCUAAAUAUUAUGGUUGAUACACACUUUGUCAUAAUUUAAGCUGAUUUCCGGGGGUGCGGGAAUCUAUUCAUUUGGAGGCCGCUACUGAACUGGUCGUCAAAAUCAUCAAGUUACACCCCUUUUCCCAAAAGCAAACAUAUUUUCAAAAGCAAACUGUUUAAGGGGGGGAUGACUGUCUCCUCCACCCCAAAAACCCUAGGCAGAAAAUGCCUUGCAAGCAGGGCAUGCAAGGAAGUAGCCAUUGCCUGGAUUCAAAAUUCAUUCUUCAUAGACAGUUGGGAUAGCUCAGCUGGUAGAGCACGAGACUCUUGAUCUGAAGGUCUUUUCCAACUCUACAGUUCUAUGAUUCUAUAAAGACCUUGGGCGGUCAGCGUAGCUCCUUUUUGGUCCUCAUCACCCCUGAUGUUAAUGUCAUAGAGCAUCUCCAGCAAAGUGAAUGAAGAUGCUUCCUUCCUUUUCUUGCCAUGUCAGAUCCGUAGCAUCUGAUGGUGGCAUGCUACUGCGGGCCAGCCCCAAUGGGGAAGUUCUGUUUGAGGCACUCCAUGUGACAAGGGUGCAGAAACUCACCAUGGGCAAAUGGUUGUGGAUGAGCUUCCUCCUAGCUUAGAAACUGGGGCAGCUGAUGGGGUGUGGGAGUAAACCUGAACAGGUUUGUUUGUGGACGGAGUGAGUGAACUCAUCUUCCAAGCAAGACAUGGAACUCUAGGUAAAGUGUGGAUGUGGUUCAUGAACUCGCAUCCAGCGUGAUUACGGGGUAUUUGUGGGUUGGGGGGGCGUUGAAAUAUUUGUUUGAUAUCUGUUGCAUUUUUAUUGACUAUUUCACUUGUGAUAAUAUGCUCUUUAGGCCAAAAAAGCAGCAUAUAAACAAACAGUAAUAUAGCAAAAGGAAAUACUAGAUAUGUGGGAAUCUAACAUUGUCUUCCCCCGUCUUUUCAAACUUUAAGACAACAAAAGCAUUCCUGCCAGCAAUGAUGGCAAAGAACCAUGGCCAUAUUGUCACUGUUGCAUCAGCUGCUGGGCAUCUGACAGUCCCUUUUCUGUUGUCUUAUUGGUAAGUGUAAUAGAAACAUUUCUGUUCAUACCAAAUAAUGCUCCAAUUAGUCUAGAAUAAAAUUGUUAUGUCUUCAGUGGUCUGUGUUUGCCUGAGCUUGAGUCUGGGCUAAGGAUUCUCAGCCCCUGUGUUCUGAUUUGAUACAUGAUAUCCAAUCACAGGACAUUUCAGGAUUUGGGCCUCUGCCAUUGGCCCUUAAACUCUGACUUAUGAUUCGCAGCUUGGAAGUUUAGACUGCCAAUCACGUUGGGAGUGGGAGUGGCCUAGGCCUUCAGAUAUGUAUAUAAGCAGUUGCUUUGCCCCUGUUGUCCAGUUCUGUAGUUCAAUAAAGGUUCUUGCUGUUAUCACUAUGUCUUUCCUUGUGGGUGAUAUCCAACAAAGGCAUAUUCAGGGUAAACCCACGGAAAUCAGUUUAAGAGUUGUGAAGAACUUUGGUCAAUUAUAAGUGAUUUAUUUUCUGUAAGUUUGUUACUAAUUCUCUAGUAUUAUCUGUCUUAGCAAUUCAUUGAUAGCAGCUAUAUUUUGAAAGCUUGCAUGUUUCACAUACAUUGGGUAAUGUAUAUCAAUCUGCUACUGGGUCAAGUUCAUGGUGUUAGUACUAAUAGAUAAGGUCCUUUACAGCUCAGGACUGGGUUAGCUGAGAGACUCCCUUAUCCCUUACACACCCAAUCGAUGUCUGUGGGAACAUUUCUCCGGCAAGUUCCAAAGAUCUCCACUGUAGCAGGGCUUUUAGUGUGACUGCCCCUGUUCUGUGGAAUAGUAUUCCUGUUGAGAUGUCACAGGCAUUGAGAUAUUCCUACAUUGCAGGGGGGCUGGACUAGAUGACACUUGGGAUCCCUUAAAACUCUUUGAUUCUAGGCACCCACAACUGGAUACAUUUUUCUUCUGUACGGUACAGAACACUGGUCCAAAUCCCUACUCAGAAGUCAGUCCCACUUAAUUCAAUGGGGUUUCUUGUCAAAAAGUAUUUUCAGGACUUUCCCAGUGGACAAAUAUCUCUUUGCUACGAGUGUCAUUUUUUAGAAGUUGUAUUAAAUGUAUCAGCUUUUUUGUGUGUGUGCUAUUAACUGUUUUUUCCUGCUUUCAUUGUACAACAUCUUGAAAUGGUUGUGUAGAUUGUGAUUAUUAUUAAUAAUAAUAAUAAUAGCAAAAAAAUGUUUUCAAAGAUCUCCCAAAUCUCCGCUUCCCCUUAGCUCAAGCAAGUUUGCUGCUGUUGGGUUUCACAAAAGUCUGACUCAAGAAUUGUCCGCUUUGGGAAAGGAUGGGAUAAAAACUUCAUGCCUUUGUCCAGUGUUUAUUAACACUGGCUUUAUUAAAAGUCCAAGAUCAAGGUAAGUAAUGAGAAGGCUCUUUUCCUUUUUUAAAAAAUAAAUUGCCUUUUGAAACAGCUUCUCCUGUUCUAGAAAAACAUGUAUAAUAGUCAUUGGAAAAAAUCUGGUAACCAGAGUCUACUGACAUAUCUGUUGGCUGAACAGCUUCUUAGUCUUCCACCACCACAUGUAGUACAACUUCCUCUGUCUCAGACUGCGCUGACUCCCCCCACCCCUGGCUCCUGCCUCGCAGGUGGCAUCAAACCCCAUAAAUUACUGGUUCCUUCUCCUAGAUCACUUUCCUGGUCCCCUGCCUCCGCCCCACGCUCUUCAGGGUCCUGUCGGUCACUGACAUCAUGGGAUUAAUUUCAUGGGCUAGCAACAAAGGAAACCAUUACAGCGCUCCUCGGGUUACAUACGCUUCAGGUUACAUACGCUUCAGGUUACAGAACUCCGCUCUUCUUCAGGUUAAGAACUUUGCUUCAGGAUGAGAACAGAAAUUGUGCUCCGGCGGCAGCGGGAGGCCCCAUUAGCUAAAGUGGUGCUUCAGGUUAAAAACAGUUUCAGGUUAAGUACGGACCUCCGGACCGAAUUAAGUACUUAAACUAAGGUACCACUGUAGACCUUUGGAGGAAUUGCAGAGAGUUAACAACGUUUAAGAAACAUUCUGGCAAUUAUUAUAACGAUGUUGCUACAGCUAAUCUCAAAUUGCCCCGUGUCCAUGUUUCUGGCAACAUUUUAGUGAGUGUUUUCCUUUAACCGCAGGUUGUCACCUAUUCUGGAGCCUGACGUAGUUGCGAAGAAACUCAUCAAUGGAAUUCUUUGCAAUCAAAACAUGAUUUUCGUUCCUUCGUUUGUGAAAUUCCGCCUGCUGCUGGAAAGGUAUGUGGGGUGCACAUAGGAAAGGAGCAGUGAACUUCCGAGUUGUUAUUUGGGUUAAAAACAUGCCUUGUGGUCAAAACAACAUCAGCAAAAAACAGGCAACCAAAGUCAAGUACCUGUAUCUAAAAGAAUUCUGAGCUUCUGUGACGGUUGUAACUUGAUGCUUCUAUUUUCUUUGCAGAAUCUUACCCGAGCGUGCCUUGGUGGCUUUGAACAAGUUCACAAACGUAAAAUUCGAUGCAGUUGUUGGAAGCAAGGGGAAAGAACAUUAGAUUAAGAGAUGCCUUCACUUGGGGUGUAUAUGAAUCCAUUAUUCAGGUGUCUGAUUAAUGCCAGGCAAUGGGUAAAUUAUGUAACACCUUGUCUGUAACCUGCAGAUGGAAUCCCCUGAACUUCCCAUCCCAAAUAUAUUAAAAGCACAGUAUCUUGGCGUGUA